AUGGAGGUCAAUUUCGCUCCUCGCGACGCUGGGCAAGAUACUGGAAUCCGUGGUUGCAGAAAGGAUCUCGCACGCUAUAGAGACACACGGCUUACUCCCGACCAGCUAUUUCGGAGCCCGAAAACAACGGUCCGCGGAGUAGGCGCUUAUCCUCUUACAAUAGCAGAUUUACAUAGCUUGGUGAGGCCGACGGGUGUUGAGUUUGAUCAGCUUCGAUAUCAAAGGCGCCUACAACGGGGGCCUAGAGGCCGCGAUGGAGCUUCGACGACUUCGGGGUCUAUCGCCAGCGACAGCGCGGCAGCUAUUUACAUCAACGGUGGCGCCGGUCGUGGACUACGCGUCUAA